AUGCGCUGGAAGAGGAAUACACUUCAUAUUGAUAGCAGGAUUUAUCGCUUUAAAAGACGAAUACUUAAGUGUGCCCGGAUUAAUGGUUGUAUUGUUGUGGUGUUUGAGCGUUUAAUCAUCUUUAUUGAGUGUACCGGUGAAAUAGUUAAGCAUCCACUAGGCGCUCUUCGGACAGUAACCUUUCUCCAUAAUGGCGUCUUGUUUGCUGAAGAUAGUAGCCGGACACUUAAGUACAUGACCCAUCCUUAUGAACCAAUACUUGAGGUACAUACCUUUCCCAAGCAGUUUUGGCUAAUGGCGAGCAGUCGUAAUUGGUUCUGUGUCCUAACUGGAGAGGGCCAGGACCGGUCUUUAGAGCUGUUCCGAAUGAGAGGAGGAGAGACAACAUCCAUCUACCAAAUGCGCCCGGAAGAAAAGUUACAGUGUGUUUGGCUGAAAGGCACUCGAAUUGCUCUAGUUUAUCGGACAGGAAUUACGAUCAUCGCCUUGCAACUAGAUAAGGGUGAAUCCUUACCCAAGUUCAGGCAAGAGACUAAGUAUACACCAGUGUCUGGGAGAGUUACUCAGGCCAUUCCAAUUGCUAGCAAGCAUAGCACCGUCUUUUUGGUCAAUGGCUGUGAGGUAGUUGAUGAAGAUGGCCUAGUCUUUUCUUUCGAUAAGCACAACCAGGAUAGUAUGAACGCCGUAGUGGCUAAAACAGCUAGGCAGCAGAUAAAGAGUCUUGGCAAGGGCUAUGUUUCCCGGCACAUCUAUCGGUUCUUUAAGUACGAGUCAAAGGGCCAGGAAGCCCUAGCCUACUCAUUGCCAUGGAAGGACCGCAUGGAGGUACACCGCAAGAAGGCCCAAAACCCCGAUAUUACACUUGAUGCUCUGUUUAGCCAGUGCAUUGGCCGCCUUGACAAACCAACUCUACUAGCUACUGCCAAAAAGCUGGAGUUCUACAUACACAUUGUAACGAAGGCCAGCUCUUUGUACACGCCCUUGUUCGCACAGUUGCACGAUCGUUUAGUAACCGACAGCCCCCGACAUGCUCUACUAUUCCGCAUUCUAUCAACUAAAGACGUUCCAGCGGAUCUUUACUCCUACGAGCUCUUACCUUACUCCAAGAAGUACCUAGAACGUUCCAAGAACCCGGGCUACUCCCUUAUCCGCGAGAACCAACAGGCCAGCGAGCACGAAAGAGAGUCAAUGCCCUGUCUUAAAUCCAUGCAUACGCUUGAAGACACAGAGUUCAUUCAAAGCAUUCCCGAGCGCAUUCAGAACACGGGUGCCAUUGAAGAGUGCAAGCAGCUUCUUUCGGGACAGCAGGUCGGUGACUUUCCAUUUAAUGAGUACGAUACAGAGAAUCGACGCAAGAAGGCCUUUAUCUUUUCGGUGGUUACGUCCGUUGGCCGUGGUGUCUUUCUUUUAGGCCGAAAUGCCCAAAUCAAUAUCUUUCAAGUGCCUAGCAUGAAGGUCUUCCUUAAGAAAAACAACCAUGUUGUAGCGAUCAGCACUCUUAACGAGUGGGACAAACUCUGGCCUUCUUUCCACUUUGCCGUAGCUGCCGCGCUUUCCAUUCCCAAUCGACCUUUUAUUUCAACAGUGCAUAUGGACAUGAUGGGCUCUAAAUCACUGAUGUGUCUGGCCGGCUCAGUCUUUGGAAUGGGCUUAAAAGACGCGCUGGGCAUUAAGCCCCUUUCUUUUAGUGAAAGAACUACUAUAGCUCGAUCUCUACUGCUUUCUCUAUCCAAAAGUUACGAUAUGGUCCUCGUCGGUGCUACUAUUCUUGGCAAUGCUUUUGUCUUUAAGGGAACGGCCAACCGCAAGUUUACUGGGAUCGUUCUUUUCAACCUUCGGUCUAAGGAGAUGAACAGCGCAAUGUUGAUGUGGAGUGCCCUAGCCUUAGGCAUUCUUUAUAUGGGCAAGAACGACCUCUUUGCAAAGCAGGUUCUUAUCGCUUAUAUGAAGAGAAAGGGUGCUAUUAAACCGCGCGAGGGAGCCAAAGUGCAAUACUACGACAAAUACCACCGGAUAGCUGCAGCCUUUUCAUUAGCCUAUAUCAGCACAGGUGCUGAGGAUAAGGAGUACUUGCGGUUGCCCGACCGACUCUGUGAGAUCAUUGUUAAUGGUCUGGUUUAUAUGGGAACACGGCAGGAGAAGGUCGCUCGACUGUUAGAAGAGUCUUCUCCUUCUGCUACUCCUAUUCGCCGCUUCUAUUCAGCCCUUAUGCAAGUUCUAGUGAUGGAGCCAUCCUCGUAUGCACAAGCUCUUCAGGCAGCCGACGGCCCGCUUACUUUAGAAGAAGAUGCCUACGCUGUUGCUGGUGCUAUAUUUGGCCACGGUCUUCUGCAUAUUCCAAAGGGAGGCCGAGCUAACUCAGAGUUUGUUUCAGCGAUAAUUCCUCUACUCUAUCGCUUAGAGAAACGGGCGAAUGUGCCCACGGUGGUUAUGGACUAUACACUACUUAGUGUAUCCCUAGCUUUGAACUCGACUGGUGAUUUAAAGGUUCUAAGUAUUUGCAAGCGUUUGUUGCUAUCACUGCGCAAUGUAACCUGCCUUAAUCCUAUCAUUGAUUUUAGUCCUUUUGCUGGCGAGUACCGCGAGCAGUACGGAAUGCGCUUUGGCCGAAUUCAGCACAUUAAAAUGUGCUUGUCCUUACUAGCGCCUGGAUGCGGCUAUCUUCGUGUUAGCUCUACUCCGCAAGCUGCUGCCUUUCUGGUAUCCAGUUUCUACCCGGAAUAUCCCAUUACUCCGGAAGACCAAGAUGCUUUCCAAGCUAUUCGGCACUUCUACACCUUAAGUCUUGAACAGAUACAGGAGACUAAAGAACGCGUUCGCAACAAUGGAAUGGUAGAUUCCCUGGUAGCAUCACUUUCAGCCGAACGCCCCGAAACCAUUAAAACUACUCUGGAUGUAAUUAGCACGUACUUUGAAAAGCACCAGUCAGAUGCUCUAGCUCCUAAUGUCCUGGAGUAUGCCAUCGAGGAGUUGUAUGCAAACCUUCUGAAGGAGACCCCACAAUAA